GGCGGACCUAAGCGGCAGAACCUCGCGUGAUCUAACAGCCCCAACGGGAUCCCGUGACCGAGGCAUUACUGUUCAACGUUUCUCGUCCCAACCUCUGCGCGCUUUCAAUGCCUGCAUCACUCCGAUAUUUGGUUUCAUGAGUAGCUGCCAUUUGUCGUGACCAUGUCUCGCCGCCGUCGACCCUCCGUGGCAGAACAGCUCAUUGACAAGCCGCAGAAGGCCGUGAAGAGACUCCUCCAUUGGGACGACCUUCCGCCUUGGCAGCGCGACAACCACCAUAUCCAUACGGGAUACCGACCAGCAUCCUUUUCGUUCCUCAUCUCCUUUCAUUCGCUGACCUACAUUCAUAAUGAGACUGUCAACAUCUACAGCCAUCUAUUACCGGGUCUUUUGGCGCUUCCGGCAGCAAUUCAACUUCACCGUGUCCUUGCUCCCCGCUAUGAAACGGCGGCUGAGUCCGACAUCAUUGCGUUUGGGUGCUUCUUCGGAGGCGCUGCCUUUUGUCUUGGGAUGUCUGCAACUUAUCAUACAAUCUCAAAUCACUCACCGGCUGUUGCCCGCAUAGGCAAUGCCCUCGACUACAUCGGUAUUGUGGGUCUCAUCGUGGGCAGCUUUAUUCCAUGCGUCUAUUAUGGGUUUCACUGCAUGCCGGACUUGCAGCGGCUCUACUGGGGCAUGAUCAUUUCCAUUGGCAUCGGUUGCAUCUGUGUCUCCAUCAUGCCCAAAUUCCGAACUCCGGAAUGGCGGCCUUUCCGCGCUACCAUGUUCGUUGGCAUGGGUCUGUCAGCGAUAUUCCCUGUCUUCCAUGGCCUGUUACUCUACGGUGCCGAACAGAUGAUGCGGCAAAUAGGCUUAGGCUGGGUCUUGCUUCAGGGAUUCUUGUACAUCCUGGGAGCUGUGAUCUACGCUGCUCGAGUUCCGGAACGCCUGAUGCCGGGCCAAUUCGACAUCCUGGGGAGCUCGCACCAGAUUUUUCACGUGCUAGUGGUGUGCGCUGCUUUGGCUCAUCUGACCGGUCUUCUGAGUGCCUUCGACUACAGGCAUAGCGGGUUUGCGGAAACGUGUCCCAUGAGGUGACAGGGCAGUUUGAUUUUGAUCCGGAUUACCCGAAGCGAAUACGUCCUGCAUUGGAUGACAUGUGGCAACAUUAAUAGAUUAUGUGCUCCACGAUGGAAGUUGGCUGAAUACUGGCUAACGGGUUGACUAUCGCAGACGCAACAAUAUGUGUUCUUCUAUAAUUAGCCAGCAGAUAAAUAUCCCUUUGGCCUCGCCUUUCUUCUUUGUUGAUGA